CAGCUCAUCCACUGCAUGUUCUCUUUCGACACGGCUGAUGCACGGAUGAGUUGUCAUGGUGAGAGACUAUAGCACCUGCCUCUCCUCAGUGCAAUCUCAAGAACCCGUGCUUCCCUCUUUGACAAAGCAAACAUUCAGUUUUUUGUGAGGUUACUCGGCGUCUGCGAAAUCAUGAGUUACGCUCCAAUACCAGGUCUGGGCGCCCCAGUAGCGCGAAUUCGACACUUCGUUGGAAACCUCCUGCCGCGCGGUAAACCAGAUGAGGAGCACCUCCACUUUGCGAAAUGCGACUCAACCGAGCUGUCCGUGCUAGGUUCUGGGGAAGAGGGUCGGACACCGGAAACUGGUGUGGACGGAGGGGCCGAGAACGGCAAGGCCCCAGCAGUGAACGGAGCAGUUUCAGCAGUUGGUAACCCGGUGGCCUCGGCCGGACAGGCUGCGAGAAGUUACGGCGAAGCUAGCAAUGUAAAUAUCGCCAAGAAGCAGAUAUCGACUUGGGAUGCCGGCUGGAAUGUUACAAAUGCAAUACAGGGAAUGUUCCUAGUGGCUUUACCCUAUGCAGUUCUACACGGUGGCUACUGGGGACUUCUUGCUCUGCUACUUGCAGCAGCUGUCACUUGCUAUACUGGCAAAAUCCUGGUCGAGUGCCUCUACGUCACUGAUGACGUCACAGGUCUGCGCAUACGCGUUCGUGAAUCCUACGUCGACAUCGCUAAGGAGGUGUGGGGAGAUCGCUUCGCAGCCCAGAUCGUGCACACGGCGCAGUUCAUCGAGUUGAUCAUGACUUGUAUACUGUACCUCGUGCUGUGCGGCGACCUCCUCAGCAAUAGUUUCCCUACCAACAAGCUGGACGAGACGACCUGGACGAUGCUGGCUACUUUCUUAGUCGUCCCCUGCGCCUUCCUGCGAGACCUCAAGGCCGUGUCGCGCCUCAGCUUCGGCAACGCGGUGGUCCAUGUGAUUAUCAACCUCACCCUGAUUGGCUUCUGUCUGAGCUACGCUGCCCUUUGGCACUGGGGCGACGUGGCUGUGCAGGUGGACAUCCACUAUUUCCCUGUCUCCAUGGGGAUCGUCAUCUUCAGUUACACAUCGCACAUCUUCUUGCCUAGCCUUGAAGGCAGCAUGGUGGAGCGUCCAAAGUUCAACAAGAUGCUCUACUGGACUCACGCCUUGGCAGGUCUCUUCAAGGCGCUGUUCGCCUAUCUCUGCUUUCUGACCUUUGGCCUCGGCACGCGCGACAUCAUCACCGAUAACCUCCCCACGCAAGGCUUCCGUGCAACCGUCAACGUCGUCUUGGUCAUCAAAGCUCUCCUGUCCUAUCCUCUCCCCUUUUACGCCGCCGUCGAGCUCUUGGAGAGAGCCUUCUUCAGUGGCCGGCCUAGGACCCUCUUCCCCUCCUGUUACGCCCUGGACGGUUACCUCCACCCGUGGUCAGUCGCCCUCCGCACCCUCGUAGUCAUCUUCACCAUGCUGUUGGCCAUCUUUAUACCCCACUUCAACCAACUCAUGGGGCUGAUAGGUAGUUUCACGGGCACCAUGUUGUCCUUCGUCUGGCCCUGUUUGUUCCAUCUGAAAAUCAAAUGGCCUGAGAUUCCUUGGUACCAGAAGCUGUUCAACAUACUUGUAAUUCUAAGCGGCUGUGUUGUAGGUUUAAUCGGAAUCAUUUACUCACUGGAGGCGCUUAUCAAAAUAUCCAAAGAAGAGCAAUAAUAUCAUCGUCGAACUCUAU